GGCGGGCCCGCUGCUGCCCCCGGCGGCGGCGGCGGGGAAGUGUCGGGUGGGUCGGGGCGCGGAGGAGCAGCCGAUGGGCAGCGAACCGGUCCCUGGUACCCAAGUGAUGCCGCCCACCCAGGAUGGGUCCUGCCCGCGGCCCGCACGCCCGCUCAAGGUGCCGCGCCAGUCCUCCUUCUUCCCGCCGCCGGUGCCCAACCCGUUCGUGCAGCGCUCGCGGCUCCGCGCGGCCCAGCGGCUGCAGAUUAUCCUGCUUGGAAUUAUUCUAUUUCCAAUUCGGGUCUUAUGCGUUGGAUUGAUUUUGCUACUGGCGUGGCCGUUUGCAGCGAUUUCAACUCUCUGCUCCCCUGAAAAAGCAACCCAGCCGAUUUUGGGAUGGAGAAGGAAAUUUUCUCAACGUGUCCUGAAGUUUCUGGGACGGGCCAUGUUUCUCACAAUGGGAUUCAUAGUUUCGGUGAAGGGGAAAGUGGCGAGCCCAUUGGAGGCCCCGAUCUUUGUGGUUGCCCCUCACUCGAGCUUCUUCGAUGGCAUUGCCUGUGUUGUGGCCGGGUUACCAUCCAUGGUCUCCCGGGUCGAGAAUGCAAACGCCCUCCUGCUUGGCAGAAUACUCCGGGCUCUUCAGCCAGUGUUGGUGUCCCGUGUCGAUCCGGAUUCUCGAAAGACCACAAUAAAUGAAAUAAUAAAAAGAGCAACGUCAGGAGGGAAAUGGCCACAGAUACUGAUUUUCCCAGAAGGCACCUGUACUAAUCGUUCAUGUCUGAUCACUUUUAAACCAGGAGCAUUCAUUCCAGGAGUUCCGGUACAGCCAGUCCUGUUAAGAUAUCCAAACAAACUGGACACUGUGACCUGGACGUGGCAGGGAUACACAUUCAUUCAGCUUUGCACGAUGACUUUUUGCCAGGUCUUCACAAAGGUGGAAAUUGAGUUUCUACCUGUCUACGUCCCUAAUGAUGAAGAAAAAAGUGACCCUGUACUCUUUGCCAACGGAGUCCGGAACACCAUGGCAACCAUUCUGAACGUACCCGUUACGGACCAUACUUAUGAAGACUGCAGGCUGAUGAUCUCAGCAGGGAAGCUGACGUUGCCCAUGGAAGCUGGCUUGGUGGAAUUUACUAAAAUCAGCCAGAAAUUGAAAUUAAAUUGGGACGGGGUUCGAAAACACCUGGAUGCCUACGCUGCCAUCGCGUCGUCCUCCAAAGGAGGAAGGAUAGGAAUCGAAGAGUUUGCCGAUUAUUUAAAGCUGCCUGUUUCAGAUGUCCUCAAGGAUCUUUUCGCCCUCUUUGACAGGAAUAAUGAUGGCACCAUAGACUUCAGGGAGUAUGUAAUCGGUCUAGCCGUCCUUUGUAACCCUGCCAAUACUGAAGAAAUUAUACAGGUGGCAUUUAAGCUUUUUGAUGUGGACGAGGACGGUUACAUCACAGAGGACGAGUUUGCGUCGAUCCUGCGGUCUUCCCUUGGCGUGCCGGACCUGGAUGUCUGCAGCCUCUUCCAAGAAAUAGCCAAAGGGGACUCAGCGCACAUCUCCUACGAGGAGUUUAAAAGUUUUGCCUUGCAACAUCCAGAAUACGCCAAGUUGUUCACGGCGUACCUCGAGCUCCAGGCCUGCCAUGUGUUUUCCAUGCCCAAAGACGCUGAAGAAAUCCUCCCAGUGGCAACUAAUCAAGUGAGCCCUGAAAAUACCGAAGACUGUGCCACGGGCAAAAAGGACGACUGAAAGCAAUUGCUUUCAUAGGGACAAAAUUCAGCUUUCAUUUAAGCAAUGUAGGCAUUUAUCGGUAGUCUUAAAACUGUGCUUGCAGAGAACUGAGGAAACUUCAGGUUUAACACGAUUUGCAUGGGUAAGGAGGGCUCGGCCUGACUCUCCAGGCCUCGGAGCAGAGAGGCCGAAGCCCACAGGGGAUCUCGCUGGAGAAACGAUACUUCUGGGUAGAAGCAGCGUGGCUUAGUGGAAAGAGCAUGGGCUUGGGAGUCAGAGGUCUUGGGUUCUAAUCCCGGC